GCCACCUUAUGAUCAGCCGGCCCCUACCCCUCCUCCGCGUCCCCCUCCCAUAUAUCGCCACGGCACUCCAAAUCCCCGCCCGCCCUUGGCAACAACCGCGACACGCCACGACACGGCCACACAGCCCGCGCGCUCACGCUCACGCUCAUGCCAGUGACGCCAACCAUGGAGAUCGACCUGCACGACGUGCGCGCGGCGCGCGUGCUGGGCCGCGGCGCCAUGGGCACGGUCUUCCUCGCCGUGGACGGCGCCGCCAGCAGCGGGGAGGCCUACGCGCUCAAGGUCUUCGACAAGCGCUCCCCUGCGGCGUCGAGGCCGGCCGCGGGCGCCGACGCGGCGCGGCGCGCGCGGUGGGAGGUGUCCGUGCUGUCCAGGCUCGCGCACCCGCACCUUCCGUCCCUGCUCGGCUGCGCCGAGACGCCCGACCUGCUGGCGUGGGCGCUGCCCUACUGCCCCGGCGGGGACCUCAACGAGCUCCGCCACGCGCAGCCCGACCGCGUGUUCUCGCCCGCGGCCAUCCGGUUCUACGUCGCCGAGGUGGUGUCCGCGCUCGCCGAGCUCCACGCCACCGGGAUCGCGUACCGCGACCUCAAGCCCGAGAACGUGCUCCUCCGCGCCGACGGCCACGUCAUGCUGACCGACUUUGACCUCUCGCGGCAGCUCCCUCCGAGGUCCCCCGCCGCGUCCACGUCCACGUCGACCUCGUCGUCGUGCUCGGCGACAUCGUCCCCGCCGCCGCCUCAGGCCCAGAGCCACAGACGGUUGAAGAACAUCUUCAAGAGGAGCGAGUCCGCGGUGACCGCGUCUACUUCCGGACAGGAGGAGGAACCGCGCAACCUCGCCUGGUACCUGGACAGAAGCAUCGAAGGCGGCGUCGACCAGAUCAAGAAGGCGAAAUCGGCCAGGGUAUCGCCGAUGGAACGCGCCAAGAAGCUCUCGAGCUUCUUGUCCGCCGCAGCGGGAGAGCGGUCGUUCUCGUUCGUGGGCACGGAGGAGUACGUGGCGCCGGAGGUGGUGCGCGGCGACGGGCACGAGUUCGCGGUCGACUGGUGGGCGCUCGGGGUGCUCGUCUACGAGAUGUGCCACGGGCGGACGCCGUUCCGGGGCCGGAACCGGAAGGAGACGUUCCGGAACGUGCUGCUCCGGGAGCCGGAGUUCACGGCGGACGCGCGGCGGCGGUGGCCGGAGCUCACGGACCUCAUCGCGAGGCUGCUGGAGAAGGAUCCUUCGCGGAGGCUGGGCUUCGCCGGCGGCGCCGACGAGGUCCGGGCGCACCCGUUCUUCGCCGGGGUGGCGUGGGACCUGCUAGGGGAGGUGUCCCGGCCGCCCUACAUCCCCGCGCCGGCCGAUGACAUUGUCUCCUGCGACGGGUUCAGCGUGGUGGAGUACUUCGAUAAGCUUCACCAGCCUCCGCUGUCGCCGGCGGAGCACUCGCCCGAGGACGACCUCUUGCCGGAGUUCUGACACCGGUUGUUCCCGCUCGACAUUUGUGCUAGCUCUAUGUUUUUUUUCUGUUUCGCACCCUAUAAGAUCACUAAAUCAUUACCUCAGUGAUAUGUGUGAAUAGAGAGGGGCUUUUGUUGUUUAAGCAAGAGAGUUGGGGAAGCCUGAUGAAAUUGAGAAGGAUACAGUCGAUGAGUCGACACUCGACAGAGACUAGUGGUUUCAAGUCUUUCGUCAGUUUAUUUUACUACUGUAACCGUAACUGAACUACUGUACUGAAGAUGUCAGGCACUGAUGCACGAUCA